AUGGGGUGCUGUGGCUGUGGAGGAUGUGGUGGCUGCGGUGGCUGCAGCAGUGGCUGUGGCGGCUGUGGCAGCUGUGGUGGCUGUGGCAGCUGUGGUGGCUGUGGCAGCUGUACCACCUGCAGGUGCUACCGGGUGGGCUGCUGCUCCAACUGCUGCCCCUGCUGCUGCGGCUGCUGUGGGGGCUGCUGCAGCACCCCCGUGGUCUGCUGCUGCCACCGCUCCUGCAGGUCCUGUGGCUGUGGCUGCGGGAAGGGCUGCUCCCAGCAGAAGUGCUGUUGCCAGAAGCAGUGCUGCUCCUAG